CAACCGAGGAUUUUACAGUAAAAAAAAAAAAUUAACCGGACAGCUCUGUCGACAGAAUUUUACUGUAAAAAACAAAACAAAAAAACAUUGGUGGUUUUUUUUUAACUUACAACACUACGUAAUAUGCUGUAAAAAAAAAAAAAACAUAAAAAAGGGCUGAAACUGUGAUGUUGUAGUACUUACUUUUGCCGGCAGGUGUCGACAAAGCUGCAAGAGCCACUGAAAAUGCGUUCUUAUAUCUAAAAAACAAAAAAGGAAGAAAUUCCUGUUUUGUCCUUCCAAAUAAAGUUUAUGAGGUACACCAAUUGUUAGUUAGAUGCAUUAUAAUUUUUUUAUAUGUAAUUUUAUCAUUUUUUAUCUAUUUUUGGGGGGGAAUCGCAUCGCCACACUGCGAGGGGCGUGUCUAAUAUUUUGCCGUGGAGUCGGGGGGGAACCAAAACACGUCACGAUUGUUUACCGAGUCCGAGUCUCCAGGGGCGACGUGCGCGUCCACAGCGACGCAUUUACACGCACGUGCGCGCGCGUGCACGCCCCCGCCCCCGCCCCUAGGGCAAAAGGCAAGCCAGAGUGAACGAGGGCUGGACCUGCAGGUGUGCGCCUCAUCUUACCUGCACCAGGAGGGGGUCACACACCGGGAAGACGCGCCUCUCGUGGCCGACCGUCGACGCUCCUCGGCCGGCCGAGACUCUGCAAAGGAGCCGCUCUGGGACGGAACCCCAAGGAAGAAAGGAAUAGAUUUAAUUUGUUUUAAAUAUAGAGAAGUGGGACGGAGAAUUGGGCUGGGGGGCUCCGGGAGGUGACAUGCCGGUUCAGAUAAAGUACGGUACGGUACGGACCGGACCCUGAAUCGUGAUGCACUUUAACCGGGCGCCGAAGAGAGCAUGAAGGACACUGGAGAAUCUAAAGAGCAACAACUAACUGUCGCCCUGAGGAUCCGCCCCCUCAGCGAUGGCGAGCAAGAAGAGGCGGCGACCAUCGUGGCUCACCGGCUGGACGACCAGAUGGUGGUCCUGAUGGACCCCAUGGAGGACCCGGACGACGUCCUGCGGGCCAACCGCUCCAGGGAGAAGACGUACGUGUUCGACGUGGCCUUCGACUACCUGGCCAGUCAGGAGGAAGUGUAUCGAGCCACCACCAAGGGCCUGAUCGAGGGCCUCAUAUCAGGCUACAACGCCACCGUCUUCGCCUACGGACCAACGGGUUGUGGGAAGACGUACACGAUGCUGGGGACCGACAAGGAGCCUGGCAUCUACGUCCGCACCUUGAACGAACUCUUCAGAGCCAUCGAGGAGACCAGCGACGACAUGAUGUACAGCGUCUCCAUGUCCUACCUGGAGAUCUACAACGAGGUGAUCCGGGACCUUCUGAACCCGUCCUCGGGCUUCCUGGACCUGAGGGAGGACGCCAAGGGCGUGAUCCAGGUGGCGGGCAUCACUGAGGUGUCCACCAUCAACGCUCAGGAGAUCAUGGAGCUGCUGAUGAAGGGCAACAAGCAGCGCAUGCAGGAGCCCACGGCCGCCAACCAGACGUCGUCACGCUCGCACGCCGUGCUGCAAGUGGCCGUCAAGCAGCAGAGUCGCUGCCGCGACGUCCUACAGGAAGUCCGCUUCGCCCGCCUCUUCAUGAUCGACCUGGCCGGCUCGGAGCGAGCAGCACAGACCCAGAACCGGGGUCAGAGGUUAAAAGAGGGCGCCCACAUCAACCGCUCCCUGCUGGCGUUGGGGAACUGCAUCAACGCGCUGAGCGACAAGAACGGCAACAAGUACGUCAACUAUCGAGACAGCAAGCUGACCAGACUCCUCAAGGACGCCCUGGGCGGGAACAGCCGCACCGUCAUGAUCGCCCACAUAAGCCCCGCCUCCGUGGCGUUUGAGGAGUCCCGCAACACGCUGGCGUACGCCGACCGUGCCAAGAGUAUUCGCACGCGGGUGAAAAAGAACCUGAUAAACGUGUCGUACCACAUCGCUCAGUACACCAACAUCAUCUCGGACCUUCGCUGCGAGAUCGAACGCCUCAAGAAGAAGAUCACCGACCAGGCGGCCCGCCAGCACGGCUCCGACAGAGCCGACAUCCGCCACGUCCAGGCGGAGGUCCAGGCCCACUCGUGCAAGCAGAGUCGGGUCGACAUGGACCAGCUGAGGGAGCAGCUCCUGGACGCUUUCCGCCAGCAGAUGGAGAUCCGCAGGAACCUGAUGGCACUGGAGAAUAACAACAUGGAGAUCCAGAUUGACACGUCCAAGCAGCUGCUCACCAUCGCAGACUGGGAGCACGAGCGCAGCCGGCGAAGGAGGAAGUGGAGAGCGGAAAAACGAAAGGAAAGCACGAGUAAAGAUGACAGCGAGAAGGACUCCGACUCUCUGGACUCUCCGCCGGACUCCAACGUGACGGAGGAGGUGGCGUUGGCCAGAGAGAACCUGGUGGCUCUAAUGACUCAGCAGAAGAAGCUCCACAAGCAGAAGGCGCAGCUGGAGCGCAAGUUCCUGGAGCUGCGAGACAAGGCCCGCCACUUGGAGGAGCUUCUUCCGCGGAGGGUGAGCUCAGAGGAGCAGCGGGAGAUACUGGGCCUCCUGUGCAAGGUGCACGAGCUGGAGAUCGAGAAUGCGGAGAUGGAGUCGCACGCUCUCCUCAAAGACAACGUGAUCCGGCAGAAGAACUUUGUGGUGAAGCGUUUCGAGAUGCACCGGCAUCUCUGCGACGAGAUCAUACAGCAGCAGCGGCAGUUCAUCAACGACCACAGCCUUCUAGUCCCGCCCCAACUACAGGAGCUCUAUGAAAUCUACACCAGAGAGCUGGACGAGAGGAAGCUGGACCGAGCCGUGGCUUUGGACAAGGUGACCACAAGGCACACCAUCAAGGGGGGCUCUCUCCCCAAGAUCGCCCUGCCCGCUCAAAACCGCGACGCCAUCCAGGAUCUGGACUCGGACCAGGAGAGCGUGCGCAACACGUGCGCGGACGAGCGGCGAGGACAAGCCAAACUUCGCAGGCACACCCUGCCUCCCAUCCUGCCGGAGCCUGACCAGGACAACAACCGGGUUUUUAAGAACGCCGCUCAGUCCCGACACACGAAGAACUCCGCGGUAAUGACGCCGCCUCCCAUCCAUAUCAACGGGAAGGGCAACAGAGAGCCGCUCGCACCAGUGAGCUCACUCAGCUACACCCACCUCAGCCACAGUGUCAGCAGCCACCUGGACUCAUCGCCUGAAAGCAGCGAGGCGGGUCCUGACGCCCCCCUUUCACGAAACGAGAGGCAGCAGAUCCUCAGGGGGGUCCACAACAUUUCAGUGAAGGCGGCCCGGCGGCGCUCCAAAGCCAGGGAGGCCGAGUCCCUGCGGUUGCCCCCGGCGCCCUCGCCGAUGGAGCCCCCGAAGCGAAAGAGCGGCCUCUUCUCCGGCGAGGCGCUCCCUGGCGGUCUGCCCUCGCGGCGCGGCCGACAGCCCAGCCCCGAGCUCCGGCACGCCACGUCCGACGACAACCUGUCCAGCAGCACCGGCGAGGGCCCCGGCGUGCGGGCGACGUGGAUGAGGCCCCACAAGCCCGGCAGCAAGAACCAAACCCCCCGGGAGGCCGACUUUGAGGCGCGCCGCAAGAAGAGGCGCUCGCGCUCGUUCGAGGUCUCCGGGCAAGCCCUGCCCCAGUCCAAAACAACCCCAGCUUCAAGGUUCCGACCCCUGGACAGCACGUCAGACCCUCACCUCCAUAUCAACGGUCAGCCCCAGGUGCCCAUGCUCCGCCCCCUUUAUCGAGGGGUCCCGCCCCUUGCCAAAGUCAGGGCCCCACUCAGCAACCAGCAAGCAGGCGGGGCCCCCUCAGAGGCCCCCACACCGCAGCUGAACAACCUGAAGCGGGUCCCCUUCCUGCGGCAGCCCCAGCCGCCCCUCCACGUGGCCUCCAACGGGGGCCAGCGCCCACGCAGACAUUGAGGUGUACUUUGGACGCUGGCAAUGCAAAAGACAUAGAAGAUGGUGGAGCCAUGAUGACGCCAAAAGUGCUAACCAAAAUAGCUGCGAUGGUUGUGCACGCCUUCUCCCAUGUGGGGAGAACAUUUUUUCUCACGCCCCCCCUGAAGACGUCAUUUUUUCCUCACGCAUCUCCAUGGGAACAUACAUUUUCUCUUAUGUGCCCCUUCAAGACAUCAUUUUUUUCUCAUGCACCCCAUUGUAGACGUAAUUUUUUUCUCACGCCCCCCUUGGGGACAUCAUUUCUUUCUCACACCCCUCCAUGGGAACACACAUUUUCUCUUAUGUGCCCCUUGAAAACCUAAUUUGGGAACAUACAUUUCCUCUCACGUUCCCCUUCGAGACAUACAUUUUUUGUCACGCACCCCAUUGUAGACAUCAUUUUCUCUCACGCUCCCUUUGGGGACAUCAUUUAUUUCUCUCGCCCCCCCUGUUGACGUAAUUUUUUUCCUCACGCACCUUCAUGGGAACAUACAUUUUCUCUUAUGUGCCCCUUUAAGACAUCAUUGUUCUCUCAUACACCCCAUUGUAGACGUAAUUUUCUCUCACGCCCCCCCCUUGGGGACAUCAUUUCUUUCUCUCACCCCCCUUGAAAACGUAAUUUUUUUUCUCACACCCCUCCUUGGGAAUAUACAUUUCCUGUCACGUGCCCGUUCAAGACAUAAUUUGUUUCUCACGCCCCCUAAAGGGAAACAUUUUUGUCACGCCCCCCUUGAGACACCAUUGUAGAUGUAAUUUUCGUUCACGGCCCCCCUUGGGGACAUCAUUUCUUUUUCUCGCCCCCAUUGGAGACAUUUUUUUUCUCAAGCCCUCUUCAAUACAUAAUUUUUUAUUCUCACGCACCCUUUGGAGCUUUUUUUUUUCACGUGCUCUUUCGAGACAUAAUUUUUUUUCUCACGCACCCCAUUGUAGACAUCAUUUUCUCUCACGCUCCCCUUGGAGACAUAAUGUAUUUAUCUUCCCCCCCUUGAAAACCUUUUUUUUUUUCACGCCCUUCCUUGGGAACAUACAUUUCCUCUCACGGUCCCCUUCGAGACAUCACGCACCCCAUUGUAGAUGUAAUUUUCUCUCGCGCCCCUCUUGGGGACAUCAUUUUCUGUCUCUCGCCCCCUGCCCCCUUUGAAAACAUUUUUUUUCUCACACCCCUCUUUAGGAACAUACAUUUUUUGUCACGCCCCCUUUGAGACACUAUUGUAGAUGUAAUUUUCUCUCACGCCCCCCUUGGGAACAUCAUUUCUUUUUCUCGCCCCCAUUGGAGACAUUUGUUUCUCAAGCCCUCUUCAAUACAUUAUUUUUUCUGACACACCCCUUGGAGAUCUUUUUUUUCACAUGCUCUUUCAUCAUUUUUUUCUCAGGCACCCUAUUGUAGACAAAUUUUCUCUCACGCUCCCCUUGGGGACAUAAUUUAUUUCUCUCGCCCCCCCUGAAGACGUAAUUUUUUUCCUCACGCACCUCCAUGGGAACAUACAUUUUCUCUUAUGUGCCCCUUCAAGACAUAAUUUUUCUCCCAUGCACCCCAUUGUAGACGUACUUUUCUCUCACGCCCCCCCCCCCCUUGGGGGACAUAAUUUCUUUCUCUCGCCCCCCUUGAAAAUGUAAUUUUUUUUCUCACACCCCUCCUUGGGAAUAUACAUUUCCUGUCACGUGCUCGUUCAAGACAUAAUUUGUUCCUCACGCCCCCCAAAGGGAGACAUUUCUUGUCACGCCCCCUUUGAGACACCAUUGUAGAUGUAAUUUUCCCUCACGCCCCCCCUUGGGGACAUCAUUUCUUUUUCUUGCCCCCAUUGGAGACAUUUUUUUUCUCAAGCCCUCUUCAAUACAUUAUUUCUUUCUCACGCACCCCUUGGAGCUUUUUUUUUUUCACGUGCUCUUUCGAGACAUUAUUUUUUUUCUUACGCACCCCAUUAUAGACAUCAUUUUCUCUCACGCUCCCCUUGGAGACAUAAUGUAUUUAUCUUGCCCCCCCCCCCCCCCCCUUGAAAACCUUUUUUUUUUUCACGCCCUUCCUUGGGAACAUACAUUUCCUCUCACGUUCCCCUUCGAGACAUACAUUUUUUGUCACGCACCCCAUUGUAGAUGUAAUUUUCUCUCAUGCCCCCCCUUGGGGACAUCAUUUCUUUCUCUCGCUCCCCUUGAAAAUGUUUUGUUUUUUCUCACACCCCUCCUUAGGAAUAUACAUUUCCUGUCACGUGCUCGUUCAAGAUAUUAUGUUUCUCACGCCCCCCAAAGGGAGACAUUUUUUGUCACGCCCCCUUUGAGACACCAUUGUAGAUGUAAUUUUCUCUCACGCCCCCCUUGGGGACAUCAUUUCUUUCUCACACCCCUCCAUGGGAACACACAUUUUCUCUUAUGUGCCCCUUGAAAACCUAAUUUGGGAACAUACAUUUCCUCUCACGUUCCCCUUCGAGACAUACAUUUUUUGUCACGCACCCCAUUGUAGACAUCAUUUUCUCUCACGCUCCCUUUGGGGACAUCAUUUAUUUCUCUCGCCCCCCCUGUUGACGUAAUUUUUUUCCUCACGCACCUUCAUGGGAACAUACAUUUUCUCUUAUGUGCCCCUUUAAGACAUCAUUUUUCUCUCAUACACCCCAUUGUAGACGUAAUUUUCUCUCACGCCCCCCCUUGGGGACAUCAUUUCUUUCUCUCACCCCCCUUGAAAACGUAAUUUUUUUUCUCACACCCCUCCUUGGGAAUAUACAUUUCCUGUCACGUGCCCGUUCAAGACAUAAUUUGUUUCUCACGCCCCCUAAAGGGAAACAUUUUUGUCACGCCCCCCUUGAGACACCAUUGUAGAUGUAAUUUUCGCUCACGCCCCCCUUGGGGACAUCAUUUCUUUUUCUCGCCCCCAUUGGAGACAUUUUUUUUCUCAAGCCCUCUUCAAUACAUAAUUUUUUAUUCUCACGCACCCUUUGGAGCUUUUUUUUCUUUCACGCGCUCUUUCGAGACAUAAUUUUUUUUCUCACGCACCCCAUUGUAGACAUCAUUUUCUCUCACGCUCCCCUUGGAGACAUAAUGUAUU